AUGAAGGAGAGAACGCUGGUUGGCCUGAUAGCGGACGAGGGGAUGGUGAAGGGCUUCCAGAUGACGGGCCUGGUGUUUGACAAGAAAAAUCCGAAUUUUCACAUGGUCACUCCGACCACAAGUGAUGAGCAGCUAGAGCAACUGUUUGAGGAACUGGUCGUCAGGCCGGACAUCGCCAUAGUUUUCGUGGGCGACUUUGUUGCGGAGCGAAUUAAGACGAGCAUGGGCAGAUGGCGGGCGCUCGUACCCACGGUGCUGGCGAUACCUACGAAGACGGGCUGUCACUAAUGUGACUGAUCAACGAUGGAUGAGCAGCAUUCUCAAAUUGUUGAGCAAAAAGGCUUGAUAUGGUUUAAUUAUCUCUUUUUCUUUUUAGUAAAUGUUUGCCGAACGGCUCGCAAGACAAUAAAAUCUACUUGGUGCUAUUUGAAUGCACCGUACAUUUAGGAAUGGUCGCUUGUUGUAAACUCAUAGAAUUACCGGCAUUAUCUUUCGCAAAUAUAUUGGUUAUGAAAGGAAAAGCAUUUAACACCUUUUCUGUACCAACACCUCUGCUACAGAAUACCAAAGAUUUACCUAUUAUCAAGGAUGUCAACGGGUCCUGUUGUAACAAAAGUUUAUUCUCAGACUACCGGCACCCGCCCCGAUAAACCAUCAGGCGUAUGGCACCAUUUCAACUACAAUACUCUCAAUUAUACUGCUCAUUAUAGUUAAUAAUCUUUUUUGUUCAUUUCUCUACCUUUUGUGAUUGCCCAA